GCGUGGCUGCGUGGGACCGAGCGCAAUAAAGAGAGGAGGCGAGAAGCGGGGCAACAUCACACCGCGGUGCCUGUCCGCUCCCAGGGAGGAGGAACCAUGCCGGCGUCCCAUUAAAGCUCACCUUUCCCCCGCAGAACCUCGCUCACUCAACCCGAAGACGACUUCGUUUUGGCGGGACCGCGUACUGGCUGUCUUGUCAAGGCCAUGGGCAGCAAAACCUUGCCAGCUCCAGUCCCUCUCCACCCAUCUCUCCAGCUGUCUGAUUACUCCCUUCUGCAGAGCUCCACGGGGCUCCAGCUGCCCGCAGACCACUUCCACAGCAUCUACAGCUUUAGCGCCCUGCACGCUAUCCAGCUUCACCAAUGGACCCCUGGUUACCUUCCCGUGGCGCUGCCUCGUUGCACCAUCUCAAAGUUGCCGGCCCACUUCUCCUCCGUGGCCUCCAUUCCUAUAUUCCCCCACCUCCUGCAGCCCAAGCAGGACUCGGCAGGGUUGCUGCAAAGCUCGAAGAAGAAGCCUCGCUUCGACUUUGCCAACCUUGCCACGGCAGCCACCCAGGAAGAUCAUCUGAAAGCAGAGGACCUGAGCAUGGCAGGUGUUGCCGCCGCCGCCGCAGCCGCUGCGUCCCACCACCCCAGUUCACCUGGGUGCCUUCUGGAUGUGGCCAAGUUCUCCUCUCCAGAGCGCAAGUCCACUCGAGGCCGGUUGCCCUCUAAGACCAAAAAGGAGUUUGUUUGCAAAUUCUGCGGCCGCCAUUUUACAAAAUCCUACAACCUGUUGAUCCACGAGAGGACGCACACGGACGAGAGGCCGUACACCUGUGAUAUCUGCCACAAAGCCUUCAGAAGGCAGGACCACCUCCGAGACCACAGGUACAUCCAUUCCAAAGAAAAGCCCUUCAAGUGCCAGGAGUGUGGGAAAGGCUUCUGUCAGUCCAGAACUCUGGCAGUUCACAAAACCUUACAUGUGCAGGUGAAGGAAAUGAAGCCAGCCAAGGUGAAGUGAUUCCUUCCCUCCCAGGGGAGGAGACUCGGACACUGGAUAUUUACCAAAGACGAACAAUCACCCAAAAAGCAACCGUGCCGACUGUUGGUGGAGGACCUUUAGACCUCGUCCACCUUUGAUGGAAUGCUGCUCAAGGAUGAACCAGUUCUUAAAUAGGAGAUAGUGAGUAUGUCAGUAGGAAUGUGAAAUGGACUUGAACAGCAACAGAACCAAAGAACCAGGUGGCUCGGUCCAAAUCCUGCAUUGCACAUACUCUGGACUUCUGACUUUUUAACCGUUGCAACCAAAUGGUAUGCAAGCCAUCGUAUCAAAGACACCUUUUCCUCCAUUUUCAAGCCUUGCUCACAUUCCAAUGUUACUUUUUGUACAAAUGCAUUAUAACAUAAAUUGUAUUUUUGCACUUUAAUCUGAUUUUUGAUUAUAACAUGUAUCACUGGAUAUUCCAAAACCUAUUUUCAAAAUGAAUAAUCAUUUCUAAAUAAACUA